UGCGGUUGGCGUUCAGCGGAGGAUCAUUUGCUGUGGUGGUGUUCUUUGUAAUAUCAGGCUACGUCGUCCCGCGAAGGUUGCUCCGCCUUCUUCAAGAACACCGACAAGCAGAGUUCAUCGAGGCCCUCAAUUCGGCUGUGAUUCGUCGCCACGGCCGACUUCUGAUGCCCGCUAUGCUCAGUGCCCUCUUCAUCCUCUUGUUCUACUGGAUCACAGGCAUCGACCCCAACUGGAGUGGUGGCUUCGCAGACAACUUCUUCGCCGAGCUUUGGGGCUGGGUCAAGGAUUGUUUCCAGGUGUUAAAUUAUUUCACAGCAUUUGCGUCGUACUACAAUCGUGUAACGUGGACCAUCAUCAUCGAGCUGAAGGGCAGUGUGAUGGUCUUCGGUUGGCUGUUCGCGAUCCAUAGUUUGCGCGCACAAUGGAGGAUUCUGUUGACGCUAGGCCUGAGUGUCGCAUUGGUGCUGUUCAGCUCUUACGCUUUCUACGCCGCCUUCUUCAUCGGUAUGAUGAUGUCUGAGAUCGAUCUGCUGCACGACUCGGGCGAGAUAGACAAGAUCUGGCUGCCGUGGGAUCCGCUUUCAAAAUAUUUGCGAACGCGCAGGCUUGCUCGCACGAUCGUGCUGCAUACGACUCUACUCGUCGCGCUCCUGUUGGCAUCCUUCCCCGUACUGAAGUGGGACCUGCCUCCAGAAGUCGCUGUUGCGCGAUGCUCAAGCUGGCCGUCUUUCCUGUUCAACAUGACUCCACCGCAGUACUGGGACAAAGGAGCAACUAGUGGGAUCCGAGAUUUUUGGUAUUUUUGGGCAGCCUGGCUCUUGGCUGUUUCCAUCAAAGAACUUCGAUGGGCAAAAGAGCUCUUCGAGUCAAGCUUUCCCCAGUAUCUCGGCCGACAUAGCUUUUCACUCUACCUUACCCAUCUUGUCGUAGGAUCCACCUUCUCGCGAACAAUUCUCAUCCUCUGCGGGUUCGGCUACCACGGCGGUCCUAAGGCCAAAUGGCCUUUCAACAAGUUUCCAGUCGGAGCAUGGUCGGGACUGUUUCCUGCCAUAUGGGGGCCUGUGGGAUGGCAGCCUGGAGUCGUCCUGGAUUUGGCACUCAGCCUUCCAUUGAUGUUUUGGGUUGCGGAAAUUGGAACGAAGGUAUUCGAUCGACCAAGUGUGCGAAUGAGCUCCUGGAUGUGGGAGAAAUGGAAGUCGAUGCGGUAG